GGAAGGCUUAGUCUUCUCUUCUUCCUCGCAGACCCUAUUUUCUAGACCUCAGCCUCCAUUUUUUUUGCCGGCAGCCAUGGCUGACUUUUAGAAGAUCAGCGUCGGUCCUCCAAACCUUCGGCGGCAGCCCGUGCUUCAGCCUACCCGAGCCUGAAGGUAGAUCCGCCCCUGGGUAGAGGGCGGUGUCGUUUCAUAAGCUAAACAAACGUAUUUGUUUAUAGUAAUUGCAAAUUCCGACGGUGACCCAACUCGCAAGUCAGCAUCGGUAGUUGAUAAAACUUUUGGAUUUGGUAAUAAGAAAAGGGAAAAAGAGGACCAUGAGCACUGAAGAAGAUGUCGCACGCCGUAGAACUGCGAUUGCCGAUUACCGCAAAAAGCUACUCCAGCACAAAGAAUUUGAGUCUAGAGUACGCACUGUGAGGGAAAAUUUGAGAUCUGCAAAGAAAGAGUUUAACAAGACCGAGGAUGAUUUGAAAUCUCUUCAAAGUGUUGGUCAGAUCAUUGGAGAAGUACUCCGAUCUCUUGACAAUGAACGCUUGAUUGUUAAAGCAAGCAGUGGACCUCGGUAUGUGGUUGGUUGCCGCAGCAAGGUGGAUAAGGAAAAACUAGUUCAAGGAACUAGAGUCGUUCUUGAUAUGACAACACUUACAAUUAUGCGUGCUCUUCCACGCGAGGUAGAUCCAGUUGUUUAUAAUAUGCUGCAUGAAGAUCCUGGUAAUGUCAGCUAUUCAGCUGUGGGUGGUCUAUCUGAUCAAAUUAGAGAAUUGAGGGAAUCUAUUGAGCUACCUCUUAUGAACCCUGAGCUUUUCAUCAGAGUGGGGAUUAAACCUCCCAAGGGUGUCCUUUUAUAUGGACCUCCUGGUACUGGAAAGACAUUAUUGGCUAGGGCUAUUGCGAGUAAUAUAGACGCUAACUUUUUGAAGGUUGUUUCAAGUGCCAUUAUUGAUAAGUAUAUUGGAGAAAGUGCUAGGUUGAUAAGGGAAAUGUUUGGAUAUGCACGUGAUCAUCAGCCCUGCAUCAUUUUCAUGGAUGAAAUUGAUGCCAUUGGUGGACGCCGAUUUAGUGAAGGAACAAGUGCUGAUCGUGAAAUUCAGAGAACACUAAUGGAGUUACUUAACCAGCUCGAUGGGUUUGAUCAGCUUGGGAAGGUUAAAAUGAUAAUGGCAACAAACCGACCUGACGUUCUCGAUCCUGCACUUCUCCGCCCAGGGAGAUUAGACAGAAAAAUAGAGAUUCCAUUGCCAAAUGAACAGUCAAGAAUGGAAAUUCUUAAGAUUCAUGCUGCUGGAAUCGCAAAGCACGGGGAGAUCGACUAUGAAGCUGUUGUGAAACUUGCAGAGGGUUUUAAUGGAGCCGAUCUUCGCAAUGUUUGCACGGAAGCUGGAAUGUCAGCAAUUCGAGCAGAACGUGAUUAUGUCAUUCAUGAAGACUUUAUGAAGGCUGUGAGAAAGCUGAAUGAGGCAAAGAAACUUGAAUCUAGCGCGCACUAUAAUGCAGAUUUUGGGAAGGAGUAGAAAUGCUUUCUUUUGUUACCAUGGAAUGUGGGGCAAUGCGUUUUAUUUCUUUCAAAUAUUUAUGAUGCAUUGUUUUCAUUUUAAUCAUGUAGGACAUAUAUUACAGUUUACAAACUUUUAAGCCAUGGAUUUUAACUCUUAAAUUUUUAAAAUUAUUGUUCCUCUCGA